UGACCCGGAAUCGGAUCCUGGCCCCGCCCCCUCCGCCAGACUUCCUCCUGCAACAGGCGUGGGUCACGCUCUCGCUCGCUCUCUUUCUGCCGCCAUCUUGGUUCCGCGUUUCCCGCACAAAAUGCCUGGUGAAGCCACAGAAACCGUCCCUGCUACAGAGCAGGAGUUGCCACAGCCCCAGGCUGAGACAGCUGUGCUUCCUGUGUCUUCAGCCUUGAGUGUCACUGCUGCUUUAGCGCAGCCUAAACCUACCCCUACCCCUCCUUGUUCCCUGGCCCCUCAAGAGUGCCCCCUGGGAACCCCUCAUCAGCCUUCCCCGUUACUUUCUCCCUCUGUUGCCUCAACCCCUUUUGAAGCUCCUUUUCCCCAGUCAUCCACUGGGACAGCCCUUCCUUUGGGAGCUAUCCCACCCCCUGCUGACGCCCCAACUUUCCUACCAAACCUAAUGGGGCCUCCCAUCUCCCCAGCUGCCUUAGCUCUGGCCUCUCCCAUGAUAACUAUGAAAGGUGUUCAUUCCUCUUCAGCUCCCUUGUCUCUGGUGGCCCUGGCACCCCACUCAGUUCAGAAGAGCUCUGGCUAUCCACCUAACCCUUUUAGUUCACCUCCUUCGGUUGCAGUGGCUGAAUUGGGAUCAGUGACAUCUCCAUCAACUCCCAUUGCUUCCACAAAACCAAAGACCUCUCCCAUUCAGACUUCCUCUCAUGUAGUCCCUAAUCCAAAAGAUAUCCCCAUCCCUCCAGGUAUAGUCAGUACUAUUCCUUCCCAUCUUGUGACUCCUUUGGCCUCUGUUCAAUCUGGAAUAGCCUCAUGUCCUCAGAUGCCACCUGCCACUCCCCUGGACAUCCCUUCCCCUCAGGUCAAAGGUAUCCCUGUUUCCUCAGCUCUGACGUCUCCACAAAAUCCAGUAAGCCUCAGCCUAAAGGGACCCGUUAGUCCACCUGCUGCCUUAUCUCUUUCAGCUCAGUCUGUGGCCCCUGAUGUCCCCCCAGUUUUCCUCAGUUCUCUGGGCUCUCACCCUGCACCUUUUCAUCAGAGUUCUCUUGGUUCUCCAGUCCCACCUUCAGGUCAAACAGUCUCUAAUGUUCUGUCAGAUCCUAUAGAAGAUACUGUUUCUGUAGAUCACUCUUCUACAGGUGCCUCUUGCCCUUCUCAGAGAUCUGUGAUUCCUCCCCUUCCUUCCGGAAAUGAGAUGGUUCCUGCUGGUGAGGUGGUUCCAGUGGGGGUUCCAACUUCCCCUUUGGCUCUGACUGUUGACAGAGGCCCCUCUACCAUCACUGGCAUAGCCUCCUGCAGCCCUUCUGGCUCCUCAAAUGUAGCUACCUCUUCUCCCUCAUCUCCUACAGCCUCUCUCAUUCUCAAAGACUCUCCUAAUGCUUCGCAUCAGCCUUUGGUGGCCCAAAUUACUGCUGCUUCUCCGGGGAGCUCAGACUUGAAGAAAGCUCCUGUUUCUUCUGUUGGAACCACUCCGCUUGUGAUGACUAGCCCCUCUACAAUUUCUGGAGCACCUGUUACCUUUGAGGUAGCCACUUGUGUCUCUCCUCCAAUUUCAUCAGGUCCCAUAAGUAGUAAGGAUUCAUCUUCUCAUACUGCCAUGGUUGUGGCUCCCAAAGAGCUUUCUGUUUCUCAAGUAACCACCACUCUGGGGAUACCAGUCUCUCCACCUGUGCCAGCUCCCACUGAGGACCCCAGAUGUCUCCCUGUUUCAGGAUUAGUGAAGUUCCCAACACAAGAUCUCCAAACUGCACCUGCCUCUGCUAUAGGAGUUUCAUCAGCCCUGGUAGCCCCUAAAACUCCCCCCUGUCUCCAGAGUACAUCAUCUUCUCUGGAGAUAGCUCUUUCUCCUGAAGCCACUUUAGCAAAGAAAAGCUAUGUAGAGCCUCUCCCCGUAGUUAAGCCGGGCAGUGCUACUCCCUCUCCUCUGGGUGUUAACUCCCCAGCCUCUACAAUGAAGACAGAUUCUUAUGCAAACCCAGACCCCAUUAGUCUGCUUUUCAAAAAUUCUCUCACUACCACAACUGAAGCUGCAUUUCCUUUGGAAAGUGCUGCCAUUGAUGGGAUGGCUCCUACAACUGUCAAAGGAACCUCCACUCUUACAACUACAGCCAGCCCUCUUAUAGAAGGCACUGUCUCUUUAGCUUCUAAAAGCCACCCAACCAAAAAGGGUAUUUCCACUCUUACUACUUUACCUUUGAUCCCUCCAGCCUCCGAAAGUUGUCCUGUGGCUCCAGCUGUAACUUUAUCUCCCCAGAAUCUUUCUCCUUCUCCAGCUACUGUGGCACACGUCCCUGAAACUCCCACAUCUGAGUCCUUUCCCUCUCUUCCUCCAGCUGGUACUCGUCAAGGUGCAAAGAAAGUUCAUGAUAUUUCUCAAACCUUACCAUUGGCACCUAUAACUUCCUCUCCUGAAGGAUGCCCAGCUGAGGACUCUGGUGCUUCUGUUACUGCAUCUUCCAAAGGAACUUUCCUAGCUGACUCCCCAUCUCCUUUAGGGACUAGUGUGUCUCCUCAGUCUAAAAGACCUCCAACCAAGAAGGAUUCAGCUUCUACUACUACUACCUUAAGUCUUACUCCUUCUGUUUCUAAAAGUGUACCUGCUAUCCCUGAUACUUCUGUUGGAAAUCUGUCAUCCCUUAUUUCUCCAGUUGAAGCAUCCUCUCUUCCAGAGACCAGUCUUUCUUUUCAUGUCCCUAAAGGAUCACUAGCCAAGAAGCAUUCCCCUACUCCACCAUCCCCCAAAGAGUCUCCCAUUCCCCCACCUAUGGCUCCUCCUUCUCCCAAAGGAGGACCAGCAACCCUAUCCCCUAAAGAGACCCUCACUCCUCUAGCUAUGGCUCCUUCCCUCAAAGAAGCCCCAGCAACUCCGACCCUCAAGGAGUCUCCCACUACUCCAUCUCCCAAAGGGGCCCAUACUUCCCCCAAAAGGGCCUCAGCAGCCCCAUCUCCCAAAAGAGCCUCACCUCCAAAGGGGGACCUUACUCCCCCAGCUGUGGCUCCUCCCUCCCCCAAAGGGGGCCUAGCAACUCCACCAUCUGUGGCUCCACCUUCGCCCAAAAGAGCCUCUUCAGUCCCCAAAGAGUCUCCAGCAACUCCAGGCCCCAAAGGGGCCCCCACUGCAUCAGCCGUGAUUUCUCCCUCCCCUAAAGAGUCUCUGGCCCCCAAAGAAGCCUCAGCAACUUCAUCCCCCAAAAGAGCCCCAGCUACCCCAUCCUCCAAAGGGGCCCCUGUUUCCUCAGCUGUGAUUCCUCCCUCCCCCAAGAAGGCCCCUACCUCCCCAGUUCCUGUCACAUGUCCCUUGGGGUCCACUGCCCCUCAGGCAUCUAAAGAGCUCCCAGUAAAGAAAGGCCUCACAGCUCCCAAAGUUCCACCAGCCAAGAAGAGUUCUGCUGUUUCACCUCUUGCAUGCCCAGAUCCCUCAGUUCAGAAUGGUACUAAGGGACCCCUUUCUACAGUGGCUCCAGUCCCUCUCCUAACAGUCUCCACUCAGAAAGUUUCUGCUCCAAAGACUCCAAAACCCCUCCCUAUUUCUCCCUUAAAAGGCAAAGAUUCUUUUCAUUCCCCAAAGGGCCCCUUGGCUUCUGAGUCUGAGACAUCUACCCUUUCAGCAACAGAUGCCUCUGAGAAGGUCCUUCCUAAUAAAGCUGGAUCAGCAUCUGUCUCUCCAGCACCUACUCCAUCAGUCUCUCUGCCUGUUGCUCCCUCCCCAGUUCCCCCUCUGCUUCCUAAACAGCAGUUUCUGCCGUCCUCACCUGGGCUGGUGCUGGAAUCACCCCAUAAGCUCUCAGCCCCUGCUGAUGAGGAUGAGCUGCCGCCUCUGAUUCCCCCGGAACCAAUCUCAGGGCGAGUGCCUUUCCAGCCGGUCCUCGUCAACAUGCCCACCCCCAAACCUGCUGGGAUCCCUGCCCCAACCCCCUCUGCCAAGCAACCUGUUCUGAAGAACAAUAAGGGGUCUGGAACAGAAUCUGACAGUGAUGAAUCAGUACCAGAGCUCGAGGAACAGGAUUCCACACAGACAACCACACAACAAGCCCAGCUGGCAGCAGCAGCUGAAAUCGAUGAAGAACCAGUCAGUAAAGCAAAACAGAGCCGGAGUGAAAAGAAAGCACGGAAGGCUAUGUCCAAACUGGGUCUUCGACAGGUUACAGGGGUUACUAGAGUCACUAUCCGGAAAUCUAAGAAUAUCCUCUUCGUCAUCACAAAACCAGAUGUCUACAAGAGCCCAGCUUCAGAUACCUACAUAGUUUUUGGGGAAGCCAAGAUCGAGGAUUUAUCUCAGCAAGCACAGCUAGCAGCUGCUGAGAAAUUCAAAGUUCAAGGUGAAGCUGUCUCAAACAUUCAAGAAAACACACAGACUCCAACUGUACAAGAGGAGAGUGAAGAGGAAGAGGUUGAUGAAACAGGUGUGGAAGUUAAGGACAUAGAAUUGGUCAUGUCACAAGCAAAUGUGUCGAGGGCAAAGGCAGUCCGAGCCCUGAAGAACAACAGUAAUGAUAUUGUAAAUGCUAUUAUGGAAUUAACAAUGUAACCAUCUGAAAAGAGGACUUUUUUUGGUGUUUCAAAAGAGUAACUGCAGCUUGGUUUGAAAUUUGUACUGUUUCUAUCAUUAAUAAAGUUAUGGCUUCUUGUUGGAUGAA